AUGUCCGACAUCACUGGACUGCGUGCGCAGAUUCUUGCAAACGCCGAAAUGAUGGUCGUCCGCCCUCCUGGAUCCACCGCUCCCACAACUCUGCCAUUGCUGAACUCCAUCGCCACGGUGGUGUCUCCGUCCAACUCGAGCGCAAUUCCCACCCCGAAGAAUGACAAGCUUGAUGUCGUAAUUUUUGGUGGAGGUAGCGAAUACACCGCGGCCGUCAUGCUAGGCAUCACUCCUGCCGUUGAGGGUGCCUCGGGAGCCACUCCGGAGGCUGCUCUUCGCAAGCUCCUGCUAGCCACUUGCGAGCUCCUGGAUAGCUUCAUGCCAAAGCUCRGUAGUCACCAGCGCAACAUCCAUGGCGGAGGAGUAUUCGACGAGGACACCAUCUCGAUCGAGCUCAUGCGCGCCCAGAAGAAGGCCCCGUAG